UAGAACCCGACUAUUUCAUUAAAAGUGACAGUUUUUGUAAAGUUUUGAAGUUGUUUGGACCCUUUUCUCACGCAUAGAUUGAUUUUGAGCAGAUAAAGCGUAAUCAAAUUAAGUUUUUGAAAGAUAUUAUAAUGACAUCCCUACGAGUGGCUGUGGUUACAGGAAGUAACAAGGGUAUUGGUUUUGGCAUCGUGCGAACACUAUGCAAGCAGCUUGAGAACGGAAUCGUCUACCUCACUGCAAGAGAUGAAGGGAGGGGUAAGGAGGCCGUGGCUAAACUCAAUCAAGAAGGACUCCAGCCUAAGUUUCACCAAUUGGAUAUUAACGAUGGAGAAAGCGUGGCUAGACUGCGAGAACACCUUAAGACAGUGUAUGGAGGGGUGGAUAUUCUGGUGAAUAAUGCAGGGAUUGCAUUCAAGCGAGCCUCUACUGAGCCCUUUGGAAACCAAGCAGCUAUUACUAUGGCAACUGACUACAGGGGGACUCUGGAUGUGUGUCAUUCUUUUCAUCCUAUACUAAAACCCCAUGGCAGGAUUGUAAAUGUUUCCAGCAUGAAUGGAGUGAAAGCGUUUGAUGAAUUGAGCGAGGAGAACAAAGCUCAUUUCAGAGCCAUCAAAACAGAGGAGGACAUCAACCUUUUGUUGAAAGAUUUUAUAGAAGCUGCCAAAGAGGGUGACCACAAAAGUAAAGGUUGGCCCAGCUCGGCAUAUGGAACAGUUAAACUUGGAUUAAUCUGCGGAACUAAACUAUUGGGAGAGGCUGUGCAGAAGGACAGGCCUCAAGAUGAUAUACUCAUUAUGGCUUGCUGCCCUGGUCAUGUUAGAACAGACAUGAGCAGUCAACAGGGAGUGAAGACAAUCGAUGAAGGGGCUGAUACGCCAGUCUACCUUGCCCUACUGUCGUCUGGUUCCACAGAGUUCAACGGAAAAAUGUACUUCGAUAGAGCACUGGUUGAAUUCAUGUGAGCAGGUUAUCUGACUGAUUUUCACUCAAGUUCUAGCCCAUAAAGUAUUAUUCUGGUCUCUCAGAUGGUUGAUAUUUUUUAAGUAUUUAAAUUCAUUUUGGGAUUUAUUCAAGCUUAUCAGCACAUAAAGUAUUAUUCUCUCUGGUUGUUAGUAUACUUAUUUCUUUCAGUUCAUGUUUGUAAUAAACAUUCAUAUCAUUAUUAUUAUUAUUAUUAUUAUUAAAGAUGGAGUUUUGAUUAUCAAAUAAUAGCUUUCAACUCGUAGUGGGAUUUUCAAGCAAUAAUUCAGUGAAUUUUCAGAUUUUCAGUUUGUUGACAUUGCUGUUAUAUUUAUGAAAUAUUUACACAACUGUUCAAGGAGAACUCACUGCUUCUUCAAGCCCUAUGAAAUUUUGGGGAACUUCACUUGCCUUUUUGUUCUUGUCGUUAAGUAAAUGUGGGGGGAAUAGGAACGUGAAUUUUUAUAGUUGUCAACAAGAUAAAAAUUCUAACAUGGUAUUUUCUUAAAUAUUUAGUAUACAAUUAUUCGUAGAGAACUCCCACUGCCUCUUCCAGCCCAAUGAAAUUGGUGAUAUUUUUUAGCACUUGCCCUUUGUGUUCCUGUCAUGAAAUGAUUGGGGGAAUUGAACUAAGAUCCCCACCCAGAGGUUAAAGGGACUCGACAAUUUAUUGAAAAAGCAACAUUAUAUUUAAUACACAAUUAUUUAUAAUAUAUAAAUACAUGUAUAGCACACACCUUUAGAAGAAAGACUCUAAGUGCUAACAGAGAGUUUACCUCAGCCCAAUGAAAUUGGGUUGUUGGCUAGAGUUGGGGGGAUAAAUGGACAGUUUGCUGACCUGUGAGACCGAAACUAACACUUAUGUGUAAACUUAAAAAGUUGAGAACAAAGAUACAAUUUGUUAUUUGAUUUUAAAACCAAAGUACAUAUAUAAAGAGUGAAGGGAAUAACUAAAGAUACAUCAACUCCUGCCAUGUUUAUUUUUUUAUUGUAGCUGAAUCUAAAGGGAUCAUGACGAAGGACUUACAUAGUUCUUGUGAAUUUUGUUUUUUUACAAUUAUUUUAAAAUAAAUUCUGACAGAAAAAAACAUUAAGUUUAAUUUCUUUGAUUUAUUUUAUGUGCAUUCAUUCAAAGUAACACCAAAGGAUGUUGUUAAAUUCCUAUGAACUUAAGUUAUAAUUUUGUCUCAUAUUUGGUGGAAUAAAUAAAUUGUGAUA